UCACACGACGCAAGGAGCAAAUGGUGUCCUGCAACCCAGAGGCAGGAUGGAGGUUGUGGCCUGUCGGUCCAUUCCACAAAAUAAAUCAGCCCGUGGGAAUUGGGAAUCUCAGGUUAUGGGAAGACUACCACGCCGGGCCUUCUGUGCCGCUCUUCAAUCCUAAUCGCUUUUCUCCCGUGCCCAACCUUGGCAGGAAUGAGAUAUUGUACACAUCUGCUCUGCCCUUGCGUCGACAGCAGUUAUCAUAACGUUUUGGAACUUGUCUACCCUACCCCAUUGCUCCACGCCCGAGUUUCUAUGCCCCGGAAACAACCUGGAAGCGCCUUCCGUCUUCCUGGUGAACUAGGUAUUCCAGGCUGUACCAGGAAAAGAAGUCGAGGCGAGGCCGCCCAAAGCUAUUUGGGGGGCGCCAAAUCUUCUGAACGGGCCGCGUCAACGCAUUCUCGCCUGCCCCUCACAGACAGACACAGACAACGCGACUUGUUUGCAAAAGAGACUCAUGAUGAUGAUGCCCUUGGAUACAUCGGCAAUCCUCAUUUAAUACAGUGGGUGCCCACGAGACUGUCAGGGUGCCUUCCCGGUUUCUUGGGGAGCGUGGCAGGUGAGGUUGGCAAGUCGCCGGGAUCUUCUCCCUGCAAAAAUCCGCAUGCGCGCCCAGAGCGCCCACAGCGCCCACAGCGCCCAGCGUGGACUGGGAUCUUUCAUCGUCAAUCCCGGCAGCUAAUUCCCCCCCAGCAAGCGACUCCAUUUAGGGUCCGCUGGCGCCAGCUCCUGCUCAGUGCGGCUCCCGAUGACAAUCUUUUCACCUCCCGGUCGCCAGCGUCUCCAAUACCUUCUGUGAGUGCGCCUUUCCUAGCAACGGCCGCCGUCAUGUCUGGCCUUUCCCCAGACGACGACGACCACGCUGGCGCUGUGGCCAGUCCUGCGGUUAGGCGCCAGCCCACAGAGCCCAGCACCAUGAAUCGCGAAAUCGGCUUGCCUGCGACCGCCAGCCCGCAUGCGAGACGCGAGCGGGCCGCGCCUAGACCCUGGCCGAAACACGACGAGGCCGCUACCGCAGAACCGUCCCGCCAAGACCACGCCGACUUUUACGAUAUCGACGUCGAGAUUGCCCCCCCCGACCCCAAUUCGACGUUGCGACCCUCGAGCUCGUCAAAACAUGGUCGUGAAAUCAUUUCUGAUAUACCUACCUUCCCCGACACGCCGAUAUCUCCUCGCUGGGACUCGCUUUCCAACAGACCGGCUUGGGUUUUCGCAUCUAAUCCCAGUUCUCCUAGUGCAUCACAGUUUCACACACCACAACCUUCGCAGAGGACAAGGGCCGAGUCCACCCCAACACCAAGGGUAGCCGUGCGGCCUGCUUUCACCGCGCUUUCGUCGAACCUAUUCAUUCCCGAGGCGCCCGAGUUCGACCCUUCGACAUCCAAUACGCGCGAGUUCCCGUUGCUUGGGCGGCCCCAUGAUGCGCUAGGCCAGACAGCCACCCCUAUUUCCCCCGCCGCAAACAGCGACUCAGCCUUUUUUGAAUACCGGCAAACAACGACGACGCCGGAAGGCCCUAUGAUUGUCGAGAACUUCUCUCGUCCCCGGAAACCAAGCAUGAGGUCACAGAGGUCCGAUCCCUCCUACUCGCGGCAGGCGCCUACAAAUGGUGUAGGUCUACAACUAGAUCCCCUCUCCGACCAACCGCCAAUCAGCCAGGUAUCGCCAUACUACAACAGCCUUUGGCCCCGGUCUCGGGGGCUCUCUGGUUCUUCGUCCAAGUCAUCGAGCACGUAUUCCUCGAAUCCUCAUCGUCCCUCCAACGAUCACCUAGGCGUGCAGUCGAGAACGGGGUCGUUGAGGCGUCCGAAUCCCCAAUCAGGCGUCCCACCCAGACCCUCUCUAACCUACAACAAUAACGGCCCGCAGCCGAGCACUCGCGAGGUCCCGCCUUGGUUGGCCGCAGGUGACGAGCUUCGGUCAAGCUUUCGGUCGCAGUUAACAACCUCGACCGCACAAGGCACCCUGUUCACCGCCGCUGGAACAGAGAGGAGCAGCGUCCUGACCAAGGCCAGCAGUAUCACGGAGCAUUCCAUUAUCAACGGCUAUGCGGGGACCAACUGGAGGCCUGAUUCGGUGGUAGACGACGGACCCAGUCUAGAAGACGUGAUGGGCAUGUACGAGAGGGGCUUCAACGAUUCCGACAUCGAGAGUAUUCGCCGAAGUAUGAGGUUUGCGGACGAGGCGGAUGAUGUUUUUGAUCUCGAUACAGAGGCUGGACCCGCUGGACCGGAUAACUCCCGACCCCCGAGCAUCCGUUCGGAAACGAGCCGGGUGCGAGACCAGAUGCUCGAAGCAAUGAACGAUGAACUACCAAUCAUUGGAGCGCUUGCUAUCCCCGAAUCUACGCGCUCGACAAAGCGAGAGUCAGUAAACAAUUUUAGAAAAUCGCUUUUGCCUAGUUCCUUACCGAAAAAUAUGGGGCUCGGGCUAGCUUCCGAGCAUAUGGCAAGGAGAAAGGGCUCGGACACAACAACAGAGUCUGGGAAGCACGAUUCGGCCAAGAUGCUGGACGGUGAUGGUGAUGGCGACCAAGCUGCGCCGCAGGUUGCAAUCCGCAAGGCGCCUUUAGCAGCGCCGAAUGGCGUGAUCAACAUACACCCUCGCGCGGCCACCCCUUCGCCAAAUCCACAGACUGUGCCCGAGCCUCCAGAGGACCCAGACAGCCGUGAUCGCUACGGGUUUCGGAAGGCAAGUGUUAAUGUCACCCAACAGCAAUUCGAUGCCUGGGACGCUUCAUACACCGAGUACUUGUCUCGCCGCCGCAAGAAGUGGAUUGCGCUUCUGAAAGAAAACUCUCUCAUGACGGGCCAGCCGAACAGGUUUCCUCCGCGAAGCGCAAGGACGAAACGUUUUGUACGAAAGGGCAUACCGCCUGACUGGCGGGGCGCCGCGUGGUUUUACUACGCCGGCGGGCCAGCCAUUAUGGCUAAACACCGAGGUGUCUACGACGAACUGGUAAAGCGAGCUGCGUUGGACCCGACUGGCUCUGGCAGAAUCCCUGGCCAGACCAGUGAGGUGAAGCCCCUCAUCAUAGAAGACAUCGAAAAGGAUUUGUACCGUACGUUCCCCGAUAAUGUACGAUUCAGACCACAGCAUCCAGCGCGGCCGGCAAACGCAAGCCAGGGCGCGGACGCAGAGCCGUCCGAGGCGGCUUCCGAACCUGAGAUGAUCACAUCGUUGCGUCGUGUUCUCAACGCCUUUGCCCUCUACAACCCACGUAUCGGGUAUUGCCAGUCGCUGAAUUUCAUUGCCGGCAUGCUCCUUCUCUUUAUCGAGACCGAAGAGCAGUCUUUCUGGCUUCUUAACGUCAUCACGCGCGUUUAUCUUCCAGGAACUCACGAGAUGAGCUUGGAGGGCUCCAAGGUUGACCUGGGCGUGCUGAUGCUUGCGUUAAAAGACUCUCUGCCCGGAGUGUGGAAGCAAAUUGGCGGCGACGAGAUCGAGGGAGGUUCAAGCAAAAAGAGCAAGGGAAGGCGCCGGAAAGACGGCGGAACCAAAUCUGACCCCAGCGCCAACGACCCCAACCGCUUGCCGCCAAUCACGCUUUGCAUGACAGCUUGGUUCAUGUCAUGUUUUAUUGGAACCUUGCCCACCGAGACUGUCUUGCGUGUGUGGGAUGUCUUCUUUUACGAGGGUUCUCGCACAUUGUUCCGGAUUGCUCUAACCAUCUUCAAGCUGGCCGAGCCCGAGAUUAAGGCUGUCGCCGACCCUAUGGAGAUGUUCGGCGUUGUGCAAACGUUCCCACGACGGCUGAUUGACUGCAAUGCGCUCAUGGAGGCUUGCUACAAGCGGCGCAACGGAAUCGGCCAUCUGAGCCAGGAGGUCGUCGAAGAGAAACGGGAAGAGCGGCGUGCCGGCAUUCGGAAAUGGAAAGCAGACCAGGAGUCUACCGGCAAUGGUUCGAGGUCGGGAACCACCGCCGCUGCUGGGCUGGACCUCGCUACCGACAUGGAAGCUCUCGAAGUCCGUCGUAAGGGAACGCUGUUCGGUCGAAAGAAGGACCGCGAGCAAGCCAGGGCAGCCGAGGUCAUGUAGAGCAAGCCUCGGCCCGUCUCAACCUUUACUCUAGUGCCAUGAACCAAGCAGAUGGCGAAGCUCCUUUUCCCGCGCCAUGUCAGGCAUCUCAGUAUUUCUUUUCACGACAUUGAUUACCUCUUG